AUGAUAAUUCCAAUAUUUAUAUUAUUUACCUUUUCUUAUAUAUCAAACCAUCCAACACCAGAAAAUGAAUAUUUAACUAAUUAUGAAUUGGCAAAAACAUUGGGAUUGGAUAAUUAUACAAUUGAAAAUUAUGUUGUUGGACUUAGAGCUGGAACCAACAACUUAUCAAUUUUUACUGCAAAUUAUGCUUCAGCAUUAACAAUAAUUAAUUAUAUAAUAAUUAUUUUUUGUGGAAUAAGUAUUCAAAUACAUGUUUAUCGUCAUUGUAAAGGUGUACAAAUGACUCAAUUACGUAAUAUGAAUAAACAAUUAAGUAUUGUUUUGGGGGCACAGGCUAUUCUGCCUUUACUACCUUAUCUCUCCAAUUUAUUCGCCAAUUCCAUUUUAUUAUUUAAUUUGCCUGGGUUAUAUUCUUCGUCUAUUGUAAUAUUCCUCACUUCAAGUUUUGGAUCUUUAAUUGCCGUAUUAAAUCCUAUCGUAACAAUUUUGAGUGUUAGAAGUUACAGACAAAUAAUAUUUCGAUGCAAAAAUAAUUCAAAUAUUCAUCAAGUUGCUCCGGCAAUAGAGGCUUAA